CGAUGACGUCAUAGGCCCUAUUGCUAUGAACCGUAACUCCCAAGGAGAUAUAAACAUAAACAAAAGAGACUUUCAAUCGUAAAGACGGUGCAUGAAAAGAAGGCGAAAGAAUUAUGGCAUAUCUUGACAAAGUAAUGAAAUUCUCUACUAAUAUGAUACAAGGGAUUGCGGAACAAUGGUUCAUCCAAAGAGAAAGAAAAAUGUCAGUGGAAGAGACUUUAGAAAGAAAAGAAAGAGAGGAGAUCGUCAUUGACGAGACGGAAACCAUCUCCAACGAGAUGGACAUCAUCUCCAACAAUCAGGAAGUUCAAAAACUUCAAGAAUCGAGCGAGAACAGUAGACAAGACAUCCAUAACUUAAAACGAAUUGUCGUAAAAUACAGAAAAGAGAAACGCGUUCUAGAUGGAUUCAUCAGUGUCGUAAGCUGUCGUAUCAGACACCAAAUACUGGAACGUGGACUUUGCUAUUGCGACAUAUGCCAGGAUAAGUCACCAGUGAAUCAUUUGUCAACGUACAAGAGAGGUUCAUUCUACAGUCCUACAAUACAAGAAGUGCGAUAAAACAAACAAUAUUUUUCCUAUUGUUGUAGUGAAAAGACAACUGUUUGUGUGACUUUUAAUGCUUGAUUUCAAUUCCUCUCUUUUUGUUUAUUAAUUUAUUUAAUUGAUGUAUGGAUGAUUAAAUUUGUUUUAAUAAUACAUAUUGUAUUUCUUGUUUUUAAAAAAUCAUUAUAUAAUUGACUGAGGUUGCCCAAUUGACCCUUUUCCAUAUAAAUGGAAAAUAGAUGGCAUCAUGGGUAUUGGUAGGUCUAAAUAACAUGCCAACUCAAUGGCAAGAGUUAUUUAAUUUCUUGAUU